AUGCCGGUGCUACGCAACGCUCACCACCCUGCUUCUGCCAUCACCGAUUCUGUUGGCACGCGUUAUUUCGUGGCAGUGCUCGCCGCUUGUAGUGCAGAAGGAGCAACGUAUCCAUUCGACCUAACAAAAACAAGGCUCCAGAUACAGUCUGAGGUGGCUGCUGCUAGACAUGGAUAUAAGAUGGAGAACCACGGCAUGAUCAAAACGGCAAUGGGUAUAGCGAGGAAUGAAGGUAUAACUAAGUUAUGGAGCGGCCUAAUGCCCAUGUUUCAACGCCACGUCGUCUACUCCGGGAGCCGGUUAAUCUUUUAUGAACAGUUUCGAGAUAAGUUCAAAGACGAAAACGGACACGUCUCAUUAGGAGUGGCGUCUAUAGGUGGGUUGGCUGCUGGAUCCCUGGCACAGUUGAUCGCCUCGCCGACCGACUUGGUGAAGGUACAGAUGCAAACAGAAGGCCGGCGGAUACAGCAGGGCAAGCCUGCGCGGUUUAAAAACUGCAGACAAGUCUACAAGAUUCUAUACGCUGAGAGCGGCAUCCUAGGUUUUUGGAGAGGCGCAGUCCCUAAUGUGCAACGUGCUGCUCUAGUCAAUAUGGGUGAUCUGGCCGCUUACGAUUACUCCAAACAGUUCCUAAUGCGAAAGUUCGGCAUGGCAGAUACACUAGGGUUGCACGCCGCUUCUGCCUUUACGGCCGGCUUCGUCGCUGCCGUACUUGGUACACCUGCUGACGUACUCAAGACUAGGCUGAUGAAUCAACCUGUAGGACCUAACGGAAGGGGCUUAUUAUAUCGAGGCAUUAUAGACUGUUUGCAACAAUCAGUGAAAAAUGAAGAAUAUUAUGUUAACAAUAGGUGGCCGUACCUUUUAAAUCGUAAAGGACCUGGGUGUGAUGAGCCUCAAUACAUAGGAUCUACCGAGAAUGACCGAGAGUACUUAACUACUUAA